GAGCGGAGUGAGAGAGAGAAGUCGAGAGGAAGGGAGGAGCUGUGGUGGUGUUUUGGGUUUUUACGAAGUUUUGGGGCUCACGGAGAAGUGUAUGCUACUCACUGUUUGAGUAGGUUCAGAGGAAUGUUUGAUUGAUGAACGCGGAUUCGACUUGCUGAAGGAAUUGGAUGUUUUUGGAGAGAAGAGGAGAAGAGACUUACAGGAAUUCCAGCUCCAUCCACACCAGGGCUUUAUCGGGAGCUGAAACUCGUCACUACGGGAGAUUUUCUCUUUGAUCCGGCGGUAUAUCGGUGGAAAUGAACCCUGGCUGUGCAGUUCGAGGUGAAAUGGUGCCUGAGAUUAAAGCAGCAGUGAGUUUUCUGGUCAGACUCCUGAGGAACAGCGGCUUCCUCCCCGACACACAGCUGCAGGUCUUCAGGGACUGUCUCCAACAAGCGCUCUCAGAUCGUUACCGGCACCACUGGUUCCCGGACAGGCCUCAGAAGGGUUCUGGUUACCGCUGCAUCCGGAUCAACCAUGAGAUGGACCCUCUGAUCGGCGGGGCGGCCAGUCGGGUGGGCCUGAAUGCGGAGCGGCUCUUCUCCCUGCUCCCCCGAGAGCUCACACUUUGGAUUGACCCGUAUGAAGUGUCGUACAGGAUUGGCGAGGACGGCUCCAUCUGCGUCCUGUACGAAGCCGAGCCUCCCGCGUCCGGUCCGGCUCUGCCCGCACUGAACUGUAAGAACGGGUUCAUGAUGAGCGGCAGGUCGAGUCCACCUAAACACUACCUCAUGACCGUGUCGAGUUGAGGGGACGCGGGGACACGCCACUGUAUGCGGGACGCGUUCACUUUCCUCAGACUUUACAUUUCUUGAGAUUCUUCUCCCCUCCCCCCUCCCCCCCCUUCCGUGUGCUCUUUAAACUUUAAACCCUUUAUUAUAGUCUGAAGCACUGCCUCGUGUUCCUGCGAUCGGACGUUCCUCCGCUUGCACUGUAGGCAUGUGCUGAUACUCGCUCUCUGUAUAUCCUGCGAUAAUUGUGUAUCGCAACUUUUAUAACGUCACCAUAUUGUGUGAAGAAAAUGGCCUGUAGCUGCAAAGGAGCCCCUGGAGUGUCUCAACUUGAUCUGCCACAAAGUGCUGCCUACCUGGGGAACCUCCUGUGUGGAACGGGAAGACGGUGACGGUGGUGUUACCGUGUGCCGAGUGUUUGUGAUGUGACCCGUUAUAUUGGCACACGUACAGGUUACACGUGUGUGACGUUUCAGGAUUCAGCUCAAUGGAAAAAUGCCCAAUUAUGCUGCCUAUGCAGGGUGCCUCCUCAGGGAGGAUGAACAUGACGUGUCAUGUUGAUUAUCGGCACAUGCCUAUCGCACUGAUACGCCGUCUGUGUGGUCAAUAUGUGAUGUGUGAAACAUGGUGGUGGUAGUCUUGUACACGCUCCGGUGUGAGACUGCUCAGUAGCUCCACCUCCUUAUUAGUGGCAUUAUUUUUAUAAUAAUAAUAGUAAUCAUGGUGGUUUAUUAUUAUUAUUAUUAUUAUUAUUAUUGCUGCACAGAACAGCUGAUUAAAGGGUCCCUAUAGAUUUGUGCUGCCUUAAACACUGAACGUUUCUGCCAAACUCGAGUCUUAUUGUGCAAUAUGAAGUGUUUUUUCCAAAAGAAUAUUUCCUCCCCUCAUUAAUGUCAUGAAAUGAAUCUCAGUGGAAAAGUAAACGCGCCCUUCUCGCACUCAUCAUCUGUAGCAUUUCUUUCUCUGGGCUGCUGAGCAGCUCUGUGUUUACUGGGUUUAGACGGAGAAACUGUAGUCUGUAAGCUAUUUGAAGCACCGUAUGCUUUCAUUGUACAUUUGUUUUGUUUUUUAAAAUGGAUUUGUGCAUAAUAUAGAGCCCUGUACAGUUUUGUGCACUUUUGUAUUACAAUAAAAGUUUAUAAAUGA